CAAUCGCCGCGUUGAUCAUGGAGGAUUAAAAUGCGGAGCGUUGCAGCCCUUUUUGUUGCGGAUAAUUACGCAUAAUCCCAAUGAUUCCGCGUGGCUCAUUUGCAUCUCGUUGAACGCUUGGGGAAUUGGGGGGUGUGUGGGAAGGAUCCGGAUAAGGAGAAAGGAGGAAGGAAGGCCGAUCGAGGGGGAUUUUUAGGGCGUGUGAAUCCGUGAUGCCUCCGAAAGGUGUGAGCAAAGCGGUGAAUAAGAAGUGUCGCGAGUGCAAGAAACAGGUACCAGUCGCAACAAAGCACUGUCACUGCGGGCACCAAUUUUUCGAGGAGAGACGCCGGUCAACCACCUCAAACACCUCGGAGGUAGAGGAGAUUGACGACGGCCAGCUGAAGGAGAUGAAACCAAGCAGGGGAUCAGCUACGUCAACUGCAGUUAGCGGAAUCAUGUCUCUAACGGCAUCAGUGGGCAAGGGAGACCUGGGCUCGUCAGCCCCGGAGGGCAAGCGUCGUAGUGAGAGGGUCAAGCGGGAGAAGCCCAACUUCUAUGAUGCCUUGGAGUACGAGAAUCAAAUGAGGAAGGCCCGGAAGGAGAGACAGAAGGAAGAACCUCCCAACCCCACAGGACGGGUGAAGCGCGAACGGAAAGUGAAGAACAACUCAGAGCCGGAAGAGGAAGAAGAUGAAGAACCAGUGAAGGAAAAGAAGAAGAAGAAGAAGAAGAAGAAUAACAACAAUGGCGAGAAGAAGGACAAGGAAGAAGAAGUGGACGAAGACAUCAUGGCAGGCAUCACAGCAGAGAAGGAGAUACAGUUCGGCAUUGUCUUAUCAGAUAUCAACUUCAAGCUUGGCCUAAACAACCCAAAAUUUAUCAAAAUUUGAAUGCCUUUCAUCUUUUGAGAGAAAGUGAAUGAGGUUGGCAGUAGCUCCUGUGAAUAGGGCAGCUGUAUUUGAAUAUGAAAUUCAAAGAAAAUUAUUUAUUUGAAAUCAGUCAAGACAUGUGGUGUACAAUAAUACCAAACAUAAAAGGGAAUCAAAUAUAGUGCUGUUGAAAUCAGUAAGUCGACAUUUUUUUCUAGAGUGAUGUUUCAUGUUGCAUCAGCUUUAUCAAUUGCAAUAUACAAUAUCAGAUUGCAAAAUUUUAAUGCAUGAAUUCAUUUACUUCAAAUGAAUAAUCAGUACUGUUUGAUGAACCAAGGUUGGGAUUUUGUAAACUUCUUCAUUACACCUCUCUUUUGAGAGGAAAUUUUCAGAUAUAGUGUAAAGUAGGAGAGAUUUAUUAAUUGAUCAUCUGAGUACGUUUCAUCUCUCUGGGACGUAAGGUAGCUAGAAGAUCAUUUGUCUCGUCUAUACCAUAAGUUUGUCUUCAAUAUGAUAAAAGUAUUUCUAGAAAAAAUUUCAGAUUUUUUCUAAUAUUUGGUUUUAUAUUUAUAUUGUCAUAC